CAAUCCCUAUAACCUGCAGCGGCGACAACAAUAACAAUAGCAGGCGGGGAUCGAUCCCCGGAGCCGAGCGGCCGAGCGGGAGCCUUGAGCGGUGCCAGCCGUCAAAACAGCCCGUCGCGUGUCGGGAGGUAGCGCUCGCUGCUGUUCGGAGCCGAAGAGGAACAACCCAGGUAGCAACUCAGGAGAGACCCCGAAAUAGAAACUCCUCUGUCCCCCCAGCGAUGGCCUCGGGUGAGCCCUCGGGGGUGCAAGAAGAGAAUCUGCAGGGUUCCUGGGUAGAACUGCACUUUAGCAGCAAUGGGAACGGUAACAGUGGCCAGCCAGCCAGCCAGGAACAAGUUCCUGCUUCAGUUUCUAUUUAUAAUGGUGACAUGGAGAAAAUCCUUCUAGAUGCCCAGCAUGAGUCUGGAAGAAGUAGCUCGCGAGAGAGCUCUCACUGCGACAGCCCACCACGUUCCCAGACACCUCAGGAUGUUCACAGAACUUCAGAAGUGGAGAGUCGUGCCAGCGGAGAAAAGAAUAGUUCUCAGUCUGAAGAAGAUUUUCUGGAAAGAAGGAAAGAAGUUGAACGGCUUCUGAAGAAAAAUUCAGAUUGGAUGUGGGACUGGUCGAGUAGGCCUGAGAAUAUUCCCCCCAAGGAAUUUCUCUUUAAACACCCUAAGCGCGCAGGUACACUCAGCAUGAGAAACACAAGUGUCAUGAAGAAGGGAGGCAUAUUUUCUGCAGAAUUCUUGAAGAUUUUCUUGCCAUCUCUGUUGCUCUCCCAUCUGCUCGCCAUUGGAUUAGGGAUUUAUAUUGGAAAACGGUUGACAAUCACAGCUUCCAGCAACUCCUUGUAAAAAGAAAUGAAUUCAUCUCUUUUGCAAAUCAUGACAAACUUCAUCCAGGCAUUAUAAAGUGGUGAACCGAACAGAAGAAACUUCCAAAUGUAUAAUUAUAAUAUGGCGAUAUAUGUUUUAUUGCGUAAAGGGCUCUUGCAAAAGGAAAAGAAGACUACCCAACUACCCAACUGCUCUUAUAUAUAAAUUCCUGUUUGCACGAUUUAAUAUAGUGUAGCUUAGAUCAGGAGUGGGGAACCAGAACUUCCAGGAGGUGCCAACUUUGGGCCAGUAGCAAAGGAUAUUGGGAGAUAUUGUUCAGCAUGUGCAGUGGCCCACAUUUCAUUAUCCCUGCUUGAAGAUUUUUCUUUGUUGCUAUUAUUGCAAGAAUGAACAGUGUAGCAAAAAAAAACAAAACAAAACAAAAAUAUUCUGUGAACUCUGAACAUCUGGGAAGGAUAUACGAUUUGUUUUUGUCCAGUUGUGAAAAGACUCGUAAUGAUUAGUUGUGAAUAAGACACCACUGUAAUUUUUUUUAAAAAAGAAAGUUAUGGUCAACAAAAGUAGAAUGGCCUUACAUUUCUUAAGAGUACACUUUUGCUUCUUGAGAUGAAAUGAAUUACUGAGACGCUUUGAAAUAUAAACACGAAUCAGUGCAGAGUGUUUUGAUAUGUGUAUGUCUUAAUAUGGAACCUUUUCUUUCUGUUUCCAGCGAAAGUUUGUAUGCAGCUGUUGGGACAAUGGUUUAGUAAUACAUAAUCUGAUUUUUCUCAAAGUCAGCCCAAAAUUGUGUGGUUAGAAAACUUGUAAGAAAAAAAGGCUGAGGAAUUUCUUCCAAGAAGUUCCUUGUGGGAAAAUAGCAUUAGCCAUUUCAUUUUCCCCUCUUGGCUGAUGAACAGAAAUCUCUCGUCUCUGACUUGCAAGGCAUUGCUUAAUGUCGUAAGUCCAUGAUGGGGAACUUAUGGCAUGCGUGCCACAGGUGGCACGUGGAGCCAUAUUUAUGGGCACACGAGCGUUGUCCUAGCUCAGCUCCAGCGUGCAUGCACGUGCCGGCCAGCUGAUUUUUGGGCCUUCUGGGCCCACUCUGGAGGGCCUCCGGGGGGGGAGGCUGUUUUUGCCCUCCCCAGGCUCCUAGAAAGCCUCUGGAGCCUGGAGAGCGUGAAAAAUGGGCCUUCCGGGCCCACUGGAAGUUGGGAAAUGGGCCGUUUCUGGCCUUCGGAAGGCCUCCGGGUGGGUGGGGAAGGCUGUUUUUGCCCUCCCCAGGCUCCAAGAAAGCCUCUGGAGCCUCGGGAGGGUGAAAAAUGGAUCUACCGGGCCCACAGUGUCAUCACGUGCCAAAAGUGGGAGGAGCAUGGGGGGUCGUGCAUGCAUGUGCAGGGGGGCGGGGGGCAUUGAAUUAUGGGUGUGGGCACACACACACGCGACCCCGUGCUCCCCCCACUUUUGGCACACAACGGCAAAAAGGUUAGCCAUCACUGUCCUAAGUCAUCACCAAAGAGUCAUAUGGGGUAGCUGGGUCUGCCUUUUUAAUCACAAAUGCUGUAGCUGUUAGCCAUUGGUCUGGUCUGUGUGAAUACAUAGGAAUUUACUCAGGGUGAAUGAUGGCAGUUACCGAAGAAAUAGCCAUUUGUCAGGUGCUGCUUUGCCAUGUUACCUUUUCCAUGUUGGUUUUUCCUUCUUUUUUUCUGAUGUAGAUGUGCAAGGAACUGGGAAUAGAGAGAGAGCAUGGCUUUUUUCCUCUCCUGCACAUUGCUGUGUUUUUAUUCUAAAUGUGCAGCAGGCCAGAUCCCUGUUAUAUAGAAUGGAAACACAACGAGCAAAAUGACACGGCCUAGAUGUCUGACGUUAUCCACGCAUUCUUUCCACAUGUUCAGCAUUGAAUCAUAGUUAUCUGGCAGAAAAGGAAGAUAUAUUUCUAGUCUGAAAAAUGUCUUCUAUGAUUUCCAUGUUCUAUUCAUAAGGAGGGUUUGCAAAAUAUGAGCGGUGGUGUGGGCCAGCCAGGCUUCCCCAUUCCUUGCGGGCUACAAAAAUUGAGGACUAAAUGAACAGGGCCUAUGCUAGGUUCUGGACUUUGUUUCAAUAAUCCCUAAAAGAAAAUUAUAUUUUACGGGAGAAUAUCCUUAUGCUGAAAGCUAUGAGCAAAGGCCACAGUUAAACCUGCAAGCUCAGCAUUGAGCUGGCAUAGUUUUAAGGCCUCUCGUUAUACAUUUUCGUUGCCUGGCUUCUAGUGUAGUAAAUCUUGAGAUUUACUCGUACAUAAACGAAAACAAUGCACUGUAGCCUCUGUUACUUUUAGUUAAAGGUCUUAUUGUUCAUAGGUUACAAUAAAGGAUGAGAAUUCGCUUAGGAUUUAACAUGAUGUAUAAACCAGACAGUACAACUUGUUCAAUAAAGCAUUUAAAAACAAAAUUGCCUUAGCUUUAUGUGUGAAGGCAGCCUCUGGGUUACAGCAUGCAUAGCAUUGGAAAAAGGCUGGCUUGAUUAAGUACUUUCAUAGCUAGUCUCUAAACCUUCCUGUAGCAAAGUGCGGGAGGGGGUAGAAUAUCAGUUAAAAAGCCAAGAUGGCAGCUGCUUUGCUACCCGUGAAAACGAAGUCCCACCCCCUUUUUAUCUGCUGUGGGUUAAGGAAGUGGGAUUUCAGUCAUGCAAUGGUAGCUGCUGUAUUUUUUUUUUUUUUGACUCCUUGAAUAUUCUACCAUUAUAGACUCCCUAAUUAAAGUUUGUUUUGCUCUUUGGGGGGGGAGGGGUGCAGGAUGCCUGGAACGGGUAUGAUUAGGAUCUACCUAUAUUGUGUUUCUGUAAUAUCGGUAUAAUUUUUUUUCUUACACCAAUUUUGAUCUUAUUUGGCAUGUGAUUUAUUUUAUGCUUGAGUUAGAACUGGAAUGAAUAACUGAUACAGUGCCCCUCAGAUCAUCAUCCUAUUGCAAUGGUUCUCAACUUUGGCAACUUUAAAUGUGUGUACUUCAAUUUCCAGAAUGCAUGGCUGGCUGGGGAAUUCUGGGAAAUGAAGUCCACCCAGCUUUCACAAGCUUGCAUCAUUUGCAGUAAAUGCUAUUUGAUCAGCUGAAUAACUUGGCUUCAUUUUACCGUUAAUAUAGCUGCUAUAUAUUUAUCUAGGUGGAAGCACCACAGGUUUUAUAAGGUUUGUCUUGAACAGAUUCUUUAUUCACUUUGAUUGGAAAAAAAGACACAGAGACUCAAAUAAAUAGCUGUGUAGAUGGGUUGACUUAACGGGUUCAGAGACCAGUUGGUUAUUUUUAAGACCAUAGUUUAGUAGACUUGGUGAUUGCAAAUUAAAUAAAUACCCAUCAUCUGAAGAGAAAAACUUGGUUCUUUUUAAUCUUCAUUUACUGGAAGCCAUCAUAGAAAUGGGGCUUUGCCUUGAUCUAGUAAACUAGCCAAUAUUAUUCAAAAAUUGUUUGUUCUUCAAUUAGCUACCGUGUGAUCACAUUUAUACUGAUUUUACUUUUUUUUCAAUGAAUCAAAGCGUGUACAAUGGUUGUAUGACAAUGUCACUACUGACUAUCGUCAGAUAAAUGGUGAGUAUGUAAAAUGGUUAUUUUCCAGCUUUUUAUCAAAUCAGUAAGCUGUGAAAUAGUGCAUCAAAUGUCCAUGUUUUUGUUGCUAUUGUGCUAAAACAAUAAAGGGAGUGAGUAAACCU